GGCAUUUUAGUAAAUAACUGAAACUAAGAGGUGUUUAUUGUGUUCUCACGUGGAUCUCUUACCUUAGUUUCAAAAGUUCAAAAUUGAGCUCUUCUCUUCUUCUUCCUUCUUCUUCUUCUUCGCGAAAACUUGGAAACUGUUUUAGGAACAAAAACCAGAGGCUUUGAUUUGGAAAAAACCCUAAUUUUCAACAACCCUAAAUCCCCUACCAUUUCUCCCCAAAUCCUCUUUCCAAGUUCCAUACUCUUUAUGUAAAUGCAUCUGAAGAAAUCAUCUGUAACAGAACGACGAUUAAUCGGGAAAGACGAUUCCGAUCCAAACCAAAUCCCCAAUCCGAUUCAUCAUCAUCAUCAGACCCAGAAUAAAAAUCGAACCGCCAUUGAUAAUAAAGGCUCUGGCUUCACUAAGUAUAAUCAUCCCCAAGGUCAGAAUCAUCAUCACACGGUUGAUAUCCCAACCGGUGUUGACCAUUUCCGACGAAGAAGCGCACGGGCACGAUCAGGAUCGAUUUCUUCAUUUUUCCCAUCAAAUCUUUUGUCUUCUCUUUCUUCCUAUCGUCCUGUGAUUGCUCGGUUCUUGAGGAAGCUUCUACGCUAUACCCUUAGAGCCCGUUUGAUUUGUUUCCAUCUUCGUUUCUUGCUUCUUCUCGCUGUCCCUCCUUUAUACAUCUUCUUCCUUGUUAUCAAUCUUCGUAUCUUCCUUCGUCUAGUCUUUGUGAUUAUCGCUUUAUCCUUCAUCCUCUCGAUCUCUCUCAGAUUCGCUCUUCCUCACUUAACAUCAAUUCGUCUUUUUGUCGCACGCUUGCUGACAUUUAUCCCUGCCAGAUUCUCUUCCUCUCAGCCGAGCACUGACCGAGUUGUUUGGUCCAUUGGGUCGAAGCCAGUUGCGGAGAAUAAUAAGACAAAUUCAGGAUCUUGGGUUCAGAAGUAUGGCACUAAUGAUAUGUAUGAAGGAGAGUUUCAUAGAGGAAAGUGUUCAGGAAGUGGAGUUUAUUACUAUUCUAUGAAAGGCAAAUACGAAGGAGAGUGGAUUGAUGGGAAAUAUGAUGGUUAUGGAGUAGAAACAUGGUCUAAAGGGAGUAGGUAUCGAGGUCAAUAUAGGUUAGGUCUAAGACAUGGAAUUGGAGUUUAUACGUUUUAUACAGGAGAUGUGUAUGCUGGUGAAUGGUCUAAUGGGCAGUGCCAUGGUUGUGGUGUAUAUACCUCUGAGGAUGGAAGUAGAUAUGACGGAGAGUUCAAGUGGGGUGUCAAACAUGGCCUUGGUAGUUACCAUUUCAGAAAUGGUGAUGCGUAUGCUGGGGAGUAUUUUGCAGACAAGAUGCAUGGUUUUGGAGUGUAUCACUUUGCGAACGGGCAUAAGUAUGAAGGAGCUUGGCACGAGGGAAGAAGGCAAGGGCUUGGUAUGUAUACUUUCAGGAAUGGUGAUACACAAGCCGGUCAUUGGGAAGACGGUGUACUCAGUUGUCCUACCGAGCAGACUAUCCGUCCUGGAUCAUCUUUUACCAUAAGCCAUUCCAAAGUUGUUGAUGCUGUUGAGCAAGCAAGGAAAGCAGCUGAGAAAGCACAUGAAGUUGUGAAAGUGGAAGAGAGGAUCAAGAGAGCGGUGAUGGCUGCAAAUAGAGCAGCGAAUGCAGCUAGAGUAGCAGCCGUGAAGGCUGUCCAAUCCCAGACCUUUCACAGGAAUGAUGGCGAUCUUGAAACCAAUUGUUGAGCAUAGGUUAGAAGAGAUCUUCCUUAACAGGUUUUCUUGUUCCUUUAUGAGCAAAGCUAGUUUGAAACUGUAGAUAAUAAACUAGAGAUGAUCUUUGUAUAUCAACAAGAAAAAAAUUGGGUCUGCUUCAUAGAAUGCAACUGACAUACAUGUAGCCAAAAAUCCCUAUCUUGAUUAAACAAUUAGAAGAAUCUGGUAUAUCAGUCUUAUAACAAAAGAUGAAUCUGGUCUUGAAAAGU